AUGGUUGACAAUGUCUUCGCCCUCCAUCAAAUUACUGGGGAAGAUGAGGUGACUUUCCCCUUCAACAUCAAAGACUAUCAACGCUAUGUCUUCGGGGAUGACAGCCUAGCGUACCGUUUCGGUACGGACUGCGCUAAGGCCUUCAUUGCCCGUUGCUCUGGCGCAGCAGAUGACUUUGCAGUUGCCGUUCUACCCGACUAUGUUCCGACGGCCACCCACAGCUUGCGCGAUCAUUUUGUCGCUUAUCUGAAUCGACACCUGCUCUCGACGAAUGCAGAUCCCGCAAUCAAGAUCGACAUCAGUCUGGUGGAGGAAAGUUCGAGUGGGCAGAACGGAUCGCAAGCAGGGACAGUGAUCUACCGACUCGAUCGUAAACGUGUGGGACGUAGGACCGUUAUCGUCCUGAGCGACAUCCGCUUGAGCCACGACCGAGAACGUCAGGUCCAGAAGUCACUCUGUUCCUCCAAUGUCAACAAUCCAGUUGUUUUCGCUUACCUCGCCUCGGUACUCGAGCCCUCGAAGGCGAUUUCCCUUUCACCAAUCCUGGGGUGUAUCAUCAGCCCCUCCCUGAAGGACGUCGAGGAUAUUGCGCACGGCCCCAAUUUUGUCAUGAAUGCAAGCUUCGUUCAGUACAUCAUUGGGAAAGAUGAUCAGGAGUUCUGUCGCUUCCUGAGACGACAAGAUGAUGGCUUCGUGAGAUUGCUGCUGGACCAUACGUUUAGUGGUAGAUAUUACAGUAAUGAGCUGUACCAAGCAAACGUCAGGUUCUUGCAAUGGGAGGUUGGAACCAGAGAAAGUUUGUAG